GUGGACACGAUAAACCCCGCCCCGGGACGCGUCCGCGGAACCUGCCGCUCUAGGCCCCACGGACGCUCUCUAUGGUCGGGCGGGCUGUGUGUUGUCAUCGGCGGAGCGACGGCCCGAGGCGGCGGCUCAGGCCCGGCGGGGCGUUUGGUUUCGUCUUGGCCCUGACUGGAAUUGGUGUUGACGGUCGAGAUGGGAGUCCCCAAGUUUUACCGGUGGAUCUCGGAGCGGUACCCCUGCCUCAGCGAAGUAGUGAAAGAGCAUCAGAUCCCUGAAUUUGACAACUUGUACCUGGAUAUGAAUGGAAUUAUACAUCAGUGCUCUCAUCCUAAUGAUGAUGAUGUCCACUUUAGAAUUUCAGAUGACAAAAUCUUUACUGACAUUUUUCACUACUUGGAGGUGUUAUUUCGCAUUAUUAAACCUAGGAAAGUGUUCUUUAUGGCUGUUGAUGGUGUCGCUCCUCGAGCAAAGAUGAAUCAACAGCGUGGGAGGCGUUUUAGGUCAGCCAAGGAGGCAGAAGACAAAAUUAAAAAGGCAAUUGAAAAGGGAGAAAUACUUCCUACAGAGGCCAGGUUUGAUUCCAACUGUAUUACACCAGGGACUGAAUUCAUGGCCAGGUUACAUGAACAUCUGAAGUAUUUUGUAAAUAUGAAAAUUUCCACAGACAAGUCAUGGCAAGGAGUUACCAUCUACUUCUCAGGCCAUGAGACUCCCGGAGAAGGAGAACAUAAAAUCAUGGAAUUUAUCAGAUCCGAAAAAGCAAAGCCAGAUCAUAACCCAAACACCAGACACUGUCUUUAUGGUCUAGAUGCUGACUUGAUCAUGCUUGGAUUAACAAGUCACGAGGCACAUUUUUCUCUUUUAAGAGAAGAAGUUCGAUUUGGUGGCAAAAAAACUCAGAGGGUGUGUGCACCAGAAGAAACCACAUUUCACCUCCUCCAUUUGUCAUUGAUGAGAGAGUAUAUUGACUAUGAGUUUUCAGUAUUAAAAGAAAAUAUCACAUUUAAAUAUGAUAUUGAAAGAAUUAUAGAUGAUUGGAUUUUGAUGGGAUUUCUUGUUGGCAAUGAUUUUAUCCCUCAUCUACCUCACUUACAUAUUAAUCAUGAUGCACUGCCUCUUCUUUAUGGAACAUAUAUUACUAUCCUGCCUGAACUUGGGGGUUAUAUUAAUGAAAGUGGGCAUCUCAAUUUACUUCGAUUUGAGAAAUACCUUGUAAAACUAUCUGAUUUUGAUCGGGAGCACUUCAGUGAAGUUUUUGUGGACCUAAAGUGGUUUGAAAGCAAAGUUGGUAACAAAUAUCUCAAUGAAGCAGCAGGUAUUGCAGCAGAAGAAGCCAAGAACUACAAGGAAAAGAAAAAAUCAAAGGGCCACGAAAAUUCUGUAUGUUGGGCUGCUUUAGACAAAAGUGAAGGUGAAAUGGUAGUUUCUAAGGAUAAUUUAGAAGAUGAGACUGAAGAUGAUGAUCUAUUUGAAACCGAAUUUAGACAAUACAAAAGAACAUAUUACAUGACGAAGAUGGGGGUUGAUGUAGUAUCUGAUGACUUUCUGGCUGAUCAAGCUGUAUGUUAUAUUCAAGCAAUACAGUGGAUUUUGCACUAUUACUAUCAUGGUGUUCAGUCCUGGAGUUGGUAUUAUCCCUAUCAUUAUGCACCUUUCCUGUCUGAUAUCCGAAACAUCAGUACACUCAAAAUCCAUUUUGAACUGGGAAAACCUUUUAAGCCAUUUGAGCAGCUUCUUGCUGUACUUCCAGCAGCUAGCAAAAAUUUGCUUCCUGCGUGCUACCAGCAUUUGAUGACCAGUGAAGACUCACCAAUUAUAGAGUAUUAUCCACUUGAUUUUAAAACAGAUCUAAAUGGAAAACAACAGGAAUGGGAAGCUGUUGUAUUAAUACCUUUUAUUGAUGAGAAGCGAUUGUUGGAAGCCAUGGAGACAUGUAACCACUCCCUCAAAGAGGAAGAGAGGAAAAGAAACCGACAUAGUGAGUGCCUGAUGUGCUGGUAUGAUAAAGACACAGAGUUCACCUACCCUUCUCCAUGGCCAGAAAAGUUCCCUGCCAUAGAACGAUGCCAUGCAAGGUUCAAAAUAAUAUCACUAGAUGCUUGGCAUGUAGAUAUAAAUAAGAACAAAAUAACCAGAGUUGACCAGAAGGCAUUAUAUUUCUGUGGAUUCCCUACUCUGAAACACAUCAAACAUAAAUUUUUUUUGAAGAAAAGUGGUGUUCAAGUAUUUCAGCAAAGCAGUCGUGGAGAAAACAUGAUGUUGGAAAUCUUAGUGAAUGCAAAAUCAGAUGAACUUAGUAUAGAAAAUGUAGCUUCAUCAGUGCUUGGAAAGUCCGUCUUUGUUAAUUGGCCUCACCUUGAAGAAGCUAGAGUUGUGGCUUUAUCAGAUGGUGAAAUUAAAUUUUAUCUGGAAGAACCUCCAGGAACACAGAAGCUUUAUUUGGGAAGAACUGCUCCACCAUCUAAAGUGAUCCAUCUUGGAGAUAAAGAGCAAUCUAACUGGACAAAAGAGGUCCAAGGGAUAUCAGAACACUACUUGAGAAGAAAAGGAAUAAUAAUAAAUGAAACAUCGAUAGUUGUAUAUGUUCAGUUGCUCACAGGUCGUAAAUAUCAAAUAAAUUAUAAUGGUGAAGUUCAUCUCGAAAAGCAGUGGUCAAAACAAAUCCUUCCUUUUGUUUAUCAAACCAUUGUCAAAGACAUCCGAGCUUUCGACUCUCGUUUCUCCAGUAUCAAAACAUUGGAUGAUUUAUUUCCUCCUGGAAGCGUGGUGUUUAUGCUGGGGACUCCUUAUUAUGGCUGCACAGGAGAAGUUCAAGUUUCAGGUGAUGUGAUUACAGAAGGCAGAAUUCGUGUAGUUUUCAGCAUUCCGUGCGAACCCAAUCUUGAUGCUUUAAUACAGAACCAGCAUAAAUAUUCUAUAAAGUACAACCCAGGAUAUGUGUUGGCCAGUCGCCUUGGAGUGAGUGGAUACCUUGUUUCAAGGUUUACAGGAAGUAUUUUUAUUGGAAGAGGAUCUAGGAGAAACCCUCAUGGAGACCACAAAGCAAAUGUGGGUUUAAAUCUCAAAUUCAACAAAAAAAAUGAGGAGGUACCUGGAUAUACUAAGAAAGUUGGAAGUGAAUGGAUGUACUCAUCUGCCGCAGAACAACUUCUUGCAGAAUACUUAGAGAGAGCUCCAGAACUAUUUAGUUAUAUAGCAAAAAAUAGCCAAGAGGAUGUGUUCUACGAAGAUGACAUUUGGCCUGGAGAAAAUGAGAGUGGUGCCGAGAAAGUUCAAGAAAUUAUUACUUGGCUAAAAGGACAUCCUGUCAGUACUUUGUCUCGUUCAUCUUGUGAUUUACAAAUUCUGGAUGCAGCUAUUGUUGAAAAAAUUGAGGAAGAAGUUGAUAAAUGCAAGCAAAGAAAAAAUAAUAAGAAAGUACGAGUGACAGUGAAGCCCCAUUUGCUAUACAGACCUUUAGAACAACAACAUGGAGUCAUUCCUGAUAGAGAUGCAGAAUUUCGUCUCUUUGAUCGUGUUGUGAACGUGAGAGAGAAUUUUUCAGUUCCAGUUGGCCUUCGGGGAACCGUCAUAGGAAUUAAAGGGGCUAAUAGAGAAGCUGAUGUACUAUUUGAAGUAUUGUUUGAUGAAGAAUUUCCUGGAGGAUUAACAGUAAGGUGCUCCCCUGGAAAAGGUUAUCGAUUGCCAACAAGUGCCUUGGUGAACCUUUCUCACAGAAGUCGCUCUGAAACUGGAAAUCGAAAGUUGACAGCCAUUGUGAAACCACAACUAGCUGUGAAUCAACAUAGCUCAAAUUUAUUAGUUUCUCCUGGGCAUCUUGGAGGCCUCAGCCAUUCCUCUCAGUCACUUUUUGUUCCUACUCAAGUACCUACUAAAGCUGAUGAUGAAUUUUGCAACAUUUGGCAAUCCUUACAAGGGUCCAGAAAAAUUCAGCACUUUCAGCCAUCUAUACAAGAGAAGGGUGCAGUUCUACCUCAAGAAAUAAGUCAAGUAAUUCAACAGCAUAAUUUUGGCUUUCAUGACAACAGUGUUAAGUAUCAGCAAAGAAAACAUGACCCUCACAGAAAAUUUAAAGAAGAGUGUAAGAGUCCUAAAGCUGAGUGUCGGUCACAAAAAAUGUCCAGUAAGCAGGCUUUUAGAGGGUCUGCCAAAUGUAAUAUUAAGUUACUGAAGAGAAAUGAAAGUCCAGAAGUCUCAGAAAUCGAAAAGGCUGUGACUGGCUACCCAAAUGCUUUUGAUAAGCCUAACUCUGGAAUUGAGAACUUCUUAGCAUCCUUGAAUAUCUCUAAAGAAAAUGAAUUACCAUCAUCUCAUCACAGAGAGCCCCCAAAUGAAGAGCAUUUGUCACCACAGUCAUUUGCUAUGAAGGGGACACAGAUGCUUAAAGAAAUUCUAAAAAUUGAUAGUUCUGACACUGUGGAUCCUAAGAAUGAAAUGAAACGAUAUGGAAAUGAAGUUACUGUUUCUUCUAAUAGAAGAGAUGAAUAUGGACUAUCCUCACAGCCUAAACAAAAAAAGAAAUUAGCCUCUUAUAUGAGCAAGCCUCACCGUGCCAAUGAGUACCACAGUAUUCCGGCUGUGGACGGGAUGUGCUGGCCUGUUCCCGGCCAGAUCUCUCCUCUGUCCACACCGGUAACUGAACUUGCUCAGAUGUGUUCCCUCGUUGGAAUGCCACAGCCAGAUUUCUCCUUUCUGAGAACACCUCAGACAAUGACAGUGUGCCAGGUAAAAUUAUCGAAUGGCUUGCUGGUGCAUGGGCCACAGUGCCACUCUGAAAAUGAAGCCAAGGAGAAAGCUGCAGUUUUUGCUUUACAACAACUGGGCUCCUUAGGAGUGAAUUUUCCUUUGCCUCCACCAAUAUUUCCAAAUUAUCCUCCUGCUUUACCACCUGGAACCAUUCCUCCAGUUUUUCCCCAACCUCCUGCUAAUAUAAUGCCUUCAUCACCUCAUCUCUUUGGCUCAGUUCGGUGGGGUCCACCAGUGCCAGUUCCCGGGAAGCCCUUCCAUCAGACUCCAUACCCUGGGGCCAUGCCCACGGCUGGAGGAAUGCCAGGUGGUACACACAAUCAGUUCAUACCUUUGCAGGUUACAAAAAAAAGAGUUGCAAACAAAAAGAACUUUGAGAAUAAAGAAGCCCAGAGUUCUUCUCAAGCCACCCCAGCUCAGACUAGCAAGCCAGGGUCUUCUGAUGUCACCAAAGUGACUGCACAGGAAAGUUCAUCAGCCUCUUUGAACUCCUCUCAGGUUGCUCAGGCUGCAUCUUCUUUUCAAGGUGAAACUGCCUCCCACAGCAUUCACAAUGCAUCUCACCAGAAGGCAACACUAAGCUCUUCUUCAAGAAGAAAAUCAAGGAAACUGGCUGUCAAUUUUGGCGUUUCUAAACCUUCUGAAUAAAUUUGGUACUUGGGAAUUAAUUUCUUUUCUUUCCAUCUGCCUUUUUAUAAAUCCAUAUCUCAUGAAAUCCAUGUCUCAUAGAAACUUAUAACACUUUUUUAAAAGUAGGAACCACAGUCUUUAUAUGGAGCUGCCUAUGUACUAUUUUAAAAUAAUAUGUUUAAAUUGAAUAUUUGUAAUUUUUAAGUUGUAAGGCACUUUUCAUGCUAUUUAAAAGACUAUAUAUCAAAUUGUGCACUUUAAAUAUGUGCAGUUUGUUGUAUGUCAAUUAUACCUCAAUAAAGCUAUAAAAAAGAAAAAGAAAAAUGACUAAACGAAAGCUUGUGUUAAAAUAAGUAUCAGUGCGGGCCAGGGAUUUGGCUCAGUGGUUCCGCUGCCUGCCUCGCAAGCGCAAGGGCCUGAGUUCGAUUCCUGGUACCAAAAAAUAAAUAAAUAAGUGUCAGUGGCUGAGCAUUAAAAUGUACCACUCUAACCAUUGGCCUUCUCAUUAGAAGCAUCCUUGAAAUAUGAAUUAGACAUCAUAUUAGCAAUAAUUAUAAACAUGCUGUCAUUGAGGGAUAAUUGGAGCAUGAAAAUUGGGCCUCAAAUAUAAUAUACUGGAUGUGGAUUUAUUUUUCUUUAAAGUUAUCAGAUGAAUGGCUCUUAUUUAUGUCUAUCGUGAUUCAUGUUCUCUUAUCGCCCAGGGUCCUUUGGACCUGCUGUGAAGUGAUCUCUCUGGUUGUGGUGCUGCCAGUUUUACUUCAUUCUAAAUUUGUACCAAAGCAACUUCAGAAUACUGAUCAGAAUACUUCAUCCAGUUACUCAGAACUAUAAGUAGCAAUCUAGAUUUGAGUAAUUAUAAUUUUUUAAAUUAUUCAAGAACCAGCAUUAGUAAUUUCUAAUAAAAGUGUUUCAAAUCUACAGGGUACAAGUUGAUCUACUAGUAGAAUAAAUAUUAGUCAUAUUGUUAAUUAAAAUAAGUUGUUAUUCUUUUAUGUAGCUUUUUAUUUGCCUACUUGUCAUAUGUGAGAGCUCAUUGUUGGUCUGUGUGUACUGCUCCCUAGAACUGAUAAAGUUCUAAACAUAUUCCAAGGUGUGCUAUAACACAAUCAUCAGUUUGUGGUGUACGUUAUUUACUGCCUGUCUUGUUCUGUAUUUUAGUUUUAUGCUGAAAUAUUCUUUGAUGCUGGUAUUCUGUCUUGUAUAUUAUGUAGGGGUGUGUGUUAAAACUAUUGAAAUUAUAGAAUUUAUGACAAUUUCUCAGUGGUUUCAGGGUGUGUGUGUGUGUGUGUGUGUGUGUGUGUGUGUAAAACCCUUUAGUUUUUAUGAUAUGCUUAUAUUUUUGAGGAUAAAAGUUAUACUUUAUGAAAAGUGGGAACCAUACUCUUGAUAUGGAGCUCCUUAUUAACAUAUCUGAUUUCAUUUAACUCAUUGAAAACUGCAAUAAUUCUUAAAAUCAACUUUUUUUAUUUGGUACCGGGAAUCGAAUGUUGGACCUUGCACUUGCAAGGCAGGUGGUGGCACCACUGAGCUAAAUUCCCGGCCCCAACUCUGUUUUUUUUUAAAAUACUGGCAGUGUACUAAAUGAACUUCUUUCUCUGAUGAUUUUAGUUUCUCUAAAUGUUAGCAAGAUAUUUAUAUAUUAGUAGUCUUUAGUAUAUGAACUAAUGAACUUUUUGUUACUUUUCCCCCCUAGUAAUUUCAAAUGUUCAAAUGUUUGUCAGUUUUCAACAUUUCAUUGUCUCUUUUGCCACAGUGGGAUCUUGAGGAAUGAGGCUCACGUAUGUAAUUCUCAGUGUUCAUUGUUUCACAAACUGGGGAAAUACUAUGAGCAUCAAGAGAAGAGUUAAGUUGUGACAAUAAUGUCAACCUUUUUCUCCUUUAAAAUAUGUAAUCCAAUGUUUAUUACUUCGCCGAACUACAAACUCCAGCGUACAAGAACUGCCUCAUUCAUCACACCUGUGUGGCUGUUCAUCAACAGUGUGCAGCCCAAAUUUGAGAGCACAUGCCAUCUUCUGAAACAUCAAGGGAAAUUUUAGUAAACCCAUAAGGAUACCUCUCCAAUAUUUGAGUAGAGCAAGCUAAUAAUUCUACAUAGAUAACCAAUAAAAGUAUUUUACAGCCUUUUUAAAAAAUAUUCUAAAGGUCAAACUUAGAGAUUAAACUACGAGAGAGCUCCACAGUGGCUGGACAGAGGUCAGGUAUUCGCUGUUCUCUUCCCCUUACGGGCCUAUUCCAGAUGUGGGCUGAUAGCAGUGAGGUGCAGCACAGAGCCAUUGUUACUGCAUAUGGCACUGCGGAGACCGGCACCGCUGGUGGUCAUGCUGGAAGUGUCUAGUGCAGCUCUGAAAAACGACUGGACUUUGGGAAAUUUGGGCAAAUUGAGACCACCACCAAAGUUUAGAAAGAUGCUCAUUCAACUUGAACCUGAGGGGUUUUUCUAAGUGAUGGACUAUAUCAGGCACAGAAGAGGUAGACUCCCCAGAUUGCUUCACAUUUCCACAGAACUAUGGAGUACUUGAAUCUAUUUAAACAUUUCUCUCCUUACUGAAACGUUACUUCUAAAUAAUCUUGUUCAAGUCUUUUUAAGAAAAUUACAUGAAUUCUAAAGAUAGAUUCUUCCUGUCUCGCUGUUCUUUGUACAAUUUCCUGCAUUACUCAGUUUUAUAAUUUGACUGAUUUAAACCUCAUCCAGACUGAAGUCUUAAACAUCUAAGACUGAGCAGCAUGAAAAAUUAAAUUCACUUCUAUUGAAAUUCUCCUUGCUUUUCCAUGAAAGACUGGAAAUCUAUCUUUCUUUGUCUAUUUUUUUGGUACUGGGAAUUGAACCUCGGGUCCUUGCGCUUGCAAGGCAGGCCACCGAACUGCUGAGCUAAAUCCCUGGCCCUUUCUUUCUCUUGAUGGGAGAGAUGAAGAACUAUUGAUGAAACUUUUUUGUUGCUUAAUUCCUUUUCUGUAAUCAAAUAUUUGCUUUGGUUUUAGGCUAAUCUAGAUUUAAUCUAGUUUUAAGAAAAAAAUUAUUAGAAAAGGAUAAUUGUGAAUGGCAUUUUUAAAAAUUCGAUCACCUUAAAAAAAUCAAGCACAAGCCAAGUGUAGUGGUCCAUACCUGUAAUCCCAACACUUGGGAGGCUGAGGCAGGAGGAUCACUGUGAGUUCGAGACCAG